AUGAUGAUCCGGUGCAUUUUUCUUUUGAAACACUGCGCUCAGAGAAGCACCAGCUCCCCUCUCGUCCAUUCCAAGGAUCACAGGUUUCCGAUCCCAGCUCCUAGAUGCAUCACGCACACGGCCAGUCGCUCUUGCAAAGAUCGCAAUGCAAUGUGUGAAUGCCAGAACAUCAACCACUACUUCAACGUGCCCUUCGACGAGCAGGCAGUGUUCGAUGAUGAAGGCAUCCUUGUUUCUCCUCUGGACUUCAAGCGAGCUUUGCAGCAUCCACGGCCCUACUUCAGGGUGUUCAACCUUCACCAACUGCCGCGAUACCUCCAGGAGCAGACUGUCGAGAAGUUGGCGACGCUUGCUGGCGAGGUGUCGCGGCUGCAGUACGCAUUGGGUGAUGUCGGUAGAGCAGGGCAGCUGUCGCAUGGACAGGGCCCAGGCUACCCGGCCCCAGAGCUGCCAUCGGUCCCGGCGGCACUAGCUCCGCCUUCGGCCCCGGCAGAGCCCAUCGUGCCGGAUGCAGGCAAAGCGCCGUCGCUUGCAUCCACAGGCCUUCCGGUGUCGCCAUGGCCAGUGAGAAGCCAGCCGCAAGCUCCCGUGGCAGAGCCGCCGCCGGCUGCCUCGCCCAAUUGCCCUUAUUGCGGUACCCCGUACGAGCCGGAGGGGGCCCUGUUCUGUGCAAGUUGCGGGAAGCUGCGACCCACCACGCCCUCGGAGCUGCGCUCCCUGCCCGCAAGUCUCCCGGAAUGGUGUUUCCUCAUCUACUUUGCCAUGCUCCAGAGGCGUAGAAUGACUGUGAGUUUAAGCCGAAGCACUAAGCAGGAGCUUGCCAAGUCAACACUACGCCAGCAGCACCGGUCGCCGCCUGAGUUCUCCACGAUCAUGGAACUAAACGAGAGAAGUGCUUUUACGGCGCUCCUUUUGAACCUCACCUCGAGAUGGUCCAACUGUCCCAACUUGCAGCCGCGUGGCUUGCGUGGCAGAGGCACAUGCAUGAUGAGCCACUUCAGCAUGUCCCGGCUAAGAGCUGCUUUAGACGUCAAGAAGUACGAGAUCUUUGAAGGGACCGCCUUCCAGUGGUUUAUGUGCAACGGCAUCCUGAUGGUUGGCUUCGUGAUCGCUAUCUCUGCUGGCGAGCUGGACCGCGGAUUGCCACCAUUGGUCGUCUUUGGCGGGGCUCUUUGGGCGAUGUCCAACUACUUUGUCUUGCCACUGGUGAAACUGCUCGGGAUUGGCCUGGGCUUCUCGCUCUACCACUUCGUGAACUUGAUGGUUGGAUACUGCAUCGGCCGGUUCGGCCUCUUCGGCGUGACCCCGUUGACAGGGGAGCUGAUCUAUUGCGAUGGUGGCUGCCUCUUGAUCCUGAUGUCCUUCUUUAUCAUGGUCUUUGUCGAGGCAGGCCAUGGUGAUGACCUCGACGACUCCGAGGACUCCGAGCAAAGCGACGAGAGCAGAGCUUCCGCGACCGAGAACUUGGUGAGCGAGGGGAUGACCGCUGCAGAGUGCGACAUGAACUUCAUGUCCGUGGGCGGCUUCUCAGUCUUCGGCGCCCCCUCCAACCGCCAAGUGGCCGCCAGGAAGGUUAGCCAGAGAGACCCAAACCGCCGGAAGUCCUCCUUAGACACGCUUGGUCCAGGAGCACGGAAAGUGGUUGGCGUCUUGCUGGCUGUGGUAGCGGGGGGCCUCUGUGGAGUUCAAGGAGUCCCUGCUACACUUUGGGAAAAAGAACAUCCCGAUGUGCAUGCCUUCGCAGUUGCUUUGCCGCAAUGCUUUGGAAUAUGGGCAUGUUCCAGCGUGCUGCUAAUGCUGUACUCAAGCGUCGCUGUGGUGCGCGGCGUGAAAUUGCAGAAGUCCGUGAUUGGGCCUGCAUAUGCCAGCGGCUGCAUAUGGGGCGUGGGCUUCGCGUGCAUGAUGAAAGGCAUCAAAUACUUGGGCUACUCAGUGGGAUAUACUCUCGAUGCUGUCGGUCCCAUAUUGGUCUCAAGCUUGCUCUCUGUCUUUGUGUUCCGCGAGAUCACCGGCCAACGGCAGCUGAUGAUCUACUUUGGUGCCUUCUUUCUUCAACUGGUUGGAGUGAUACUCAUCGCAAGCUUCGGCAAACCGGACUAG